AUGUCUCAGUAUUCCGUCGCCCUAUGGAACAAGCUGCCCCCAAUUACCGAGCGUUCCAGUUGUAUUCAUCGUGCCUGGGACCUGAAGAGCAACGUCUCGCAAAACACAAUGAACGUACUUAGACCAGUGCAGACACAUUUGCAACCCAUUGAAGCGAAGCGCGCAAUGCUGAUCUUGGACGAUCUAGUGACUAAGGUUCUGCUGGUUGGGGCUUUUCCGAAAAUAAUAUCAAACAUUGAGACCUUUGCUCUGCUCGUUGGCAAUGAGGCAGCAAAUAUGUUUAAGCAGAUUGAACCUCUGGCAAAAGAGUUGGACGAAGGUGUUACCCCAGGGACAUCUCUCAAGAUCCUCGAAUUGACGGAAAUGGCAAACAAAGUAGACGAUCCUUUUUUCAAGGAGCCGAAAAACAGGCUACUUAGGGUAAGUAGACUUUAG